AUGUAUUCAGCGAAAGGGUUGUCUCGAAUCAUUAACUAUAAGUCAGGUUUUAAUUUACAACAAGUAUUUUACUCGAGUAUAUCCAAACUAAGAAUGCAAAGCGACAAAUACACCGUUUUGGCGGACAAUUCCAAUGUUGAAAAACCUAUAUUAGAUGACCGUUCGUACCGAUUGAUCAAAUUAAAUUCAAAUGACUUGCAUGUCCUUAUAAUAAACGAUGCUUCUACCGAUAAAGCUGCUGCUUCGUUGGACGUUAACGUGGGAUCAUUUGCAGAUAAGAACUACCAAGUCCCGGGGUUGGCACACUUCUGUGAGCAUUUAUUGUUCAUGGGCACCAGCAAGUAUCCUGAGGAGAACGAGUAUUCUAGCUAUCUCUCGAAGCAUUCGGGGCAUUCGAAUGCUUACACGGCGGCAGAACAUACCAACUACUAUUUUGAGUUGAGUUCUGAUUAUUUGGAGGGCGCGUUGGACAGAUUCUCCCAGUUUUUCAUCAGCCCGUUGUUCAGCAAGUCCUGUAAGGACCGUGAAAUAAAGGCGGUUGAUUCAGAGAAUAAGAAAAAUUUGCAGAAUGAUAUGUGGAGAUUUUAUCAGUUGGAUAAGCUGACAAGUAACCCCCAACACCCGUACAAUGGGUUUUCCACCGGGAAUUAUGAAACAUUGCACGAAGAACCAACCAGCCAAGGGUUAAAUGUAAGAGAUAUAUUGCUUGACUUUUACAAGAACCAUUACUCUUCGAACUUGAUGAGUUUAGUCAUCUUGGGGAAGGAAGAUUUGGACACAUUAACUUCUUGGGCUAUCGAUAAGUUCUCGGAAGUUCCUAACAGUAACUUGCCUAGGCCAAACUACGAUGGAGAGUUGAUUUAUAAUCCUGAUCACCUCGGCAAAAUUAUCAAGGCAAAACCAAUCAUGGACUCUAAUAAAUUGGAAUUGAGUUUUAUGGUUCCUAGUGACCAAGAAGCUAACUGGGAUAGCAAGCCCGCGAGUUAUUAUUCUCAUUUAUUAGGACACGAGAGUUCUGGUUCUAUCUUACACUAUUUAAAGCAGAAAGGUUGGGUUAAUGAGUUAUCUGCUGGCAAUAUGAAAGUCUGUCAGGGUAACUCGAUCUUUGUACUUGAAUUCGAUUUAACUCCAAAUGGUUUAAAGAAUUGGGAGGCAAUCGUCGUUAAUGUGUUUGAAUACUUGAAGUUAGUCUUGAAUGGGGAACCAAAAUUAUGGUUAUGGGAAGAAUUGAGCAAUAUGUCUACCAUUAACUUCAAAUUCAAGCAAAAGCAAAGAGCUGCUCAAACUGUCUCUAAGAUGAGUAACUCUCUCUAUAAAUUUACCGAAGGUUCAUAUAUUCCUCCUCAGUAUUUAUUAAGCUCUUCCAUUUUGAGGGAGUUCAAAAGUCAAGAAAUUAAAGAAUACGGCUCAUUCUUAAAUCCAGACAACUUCCGUAUUUUAUUGACAUCUCAAUCUUUGCCGGACUUAGAUAAAUCUGAGCAUUGGUAUGGAACCCAAUAUUCCUAUGAAUCCAUAUCAAAUAACUUGAAGGAUCAAAUUGAAAGUGCUGAAACAAACGAAAAUUUCCACUACCCUAUUCCAAACAAGUUCAUCCCGAAGGAUUUUACUGUUUCGAAACCUAAGCUGGAAAAUCCGUUGCCUCACCCUUAUUUGAUUGAAGAUAACAACAAAUUUCAGGUUUGGUAUAAACAAGAUGAUCAAUUCCAAAUUCCCAAGGGAGCUAUUGAAAUUGUAUUGCAUUUAGCAAAUGCAAAUACUUCAUGCAAAUCAUCUAUUUACACAAUGCUUCUCAGUCAGUUGAUUGAUGAUGAAUUAAAUGAGAUUGUUUACUACGCAUCCAUGGUAGGCAUAUCGUUUACAAUAAAUCACUGGCGUGAUGGUUUGUUAAUAAGGGUUAGUGGUUAUAAUGAUAAAUUACCAGUCUUGUUGGAGCAAAUUCUUCAAAAGCUUAUCACCUUUAAACCUAAAGAAGAUAGAUUUGAGGUUUUCAAGUUCAAACUAAAUCAAGAAUUUAAGAAUUUUGGAUUUGAGGUUCCUUACUCACAGAUUGGCACCCAUUUCUUGACCUUACUCAAUGAUAAAACUUAUCCCUAUGAUUUAAAAAUCGAUACCUUAAACAAAGAGAUAAAUUUUGGUGAAUUACUUGAAUUUUCUACCAAUAAAAUUUGGGAGCAGGGUGUAUUCGGUGAAGUAUUAAUUCAAGGUAAUUUCAACGACACCAAAGCAUUUGAGAUAUCAAGGGCUAUCCAAGGCCACUUCACUGAGUUCAAAACUAUUCGCGAUAGCCAGGAAGAAAUUAAUGAAAUUGUCAAACUUAAAACUCACAUUGUUCCAUCUAACCAGAGAAUCAGAUACGAAGUAGCGUUACAAGAUAAAAACAACAUCAACUCGUGUAUUGAGUAUUUUAUCCAAAUCAGUGAUUCAUUUGAUGAUGUUCGCUUAAGAGUUUUGACUGAUUUAUUAGGAACUGUUAUUCACGAACCAUGUUUCAACCAAUUAAGGACAAAGGAACAAUUAGGGUACGUCGUGUUCUCCGGUACAAGGCUAACUAGAACCACUUUAGGCUUCAGAAUUUUAAUACAAUCAGAGAGAUCUUCCGAAUAUCUUGAAUACAGAAUUGAAGAGUUUAUAAACCAAUUCGAUAAAUUUGUGAAGAAAGGUCUCACCGACGAAAACUUCGCUAAAUUUAAGCAGGCAUUGAAGGAUAAAAAAUUGACUAAGUUGAAAAACUUGAGUGAAGAAGUAAGUAAAUUUUGGAAUUCCAUUAUUAGCGGGUACUACGAUUUCCAAGAAAGAGAAAAGCAUGUUGAAGUACUUGAAUCCAUCACCAAGGAUGAAUUUAUCAAAUUCUACAAUGAUUAUAUUUCUGCGGACUCUAAUGUUUCUUCGAGAAUCAUAGUCCAUUUGAAAUCCCCUAGCGUACCUAAACUCGAAAAGCUGAAGUUACUUCACAGUUCCAUAAAUAACUAUAUUUACCGGAAUGAAUUUAGUAUCAGUUCUGACGUUUUGGAUUCUCUAAUUGAAGCAAAUGCUGAUGACGUAGCUAAACUCGUGGAAGUAUUAACCAACGCAAUUGCAGAGAAGAAGGAAAACAACGUUUCCAAUAAGGAUCGUUUGAAAUCUGAUUUAUCUGAAACAAUUAACAGGGAGCUUACGACUCCUGUACCACCUCAGUACCCAUCCGGUAAAUUGGUUGAAAACGUGGAUCAAUUUAAAUCAACAUAUCCAGUUGGUGACAUUCCUAGACCAGUUGAACCACUUUCAAAUUUCUAUUACUCUAAGCAACCUGAAGAUCAUGCCCAUUUAUAA